CCAGCAAGCAGCACAACCCCAACGAACUGACCAUCUAGCUUACUAGCAGCUUCCUUUUGUAGCUCGAUCGACCAAUCUCCCUAGUUCACUUGUGACAUUACCAAUGACGACCGUGGUGGCACUGAGUUCUUUCGCGGCCGGUGCCGCUGCGCCGCGCGUGCGCGCCGCCGUUGGCCUGCAGCAUGGCGCCGGCGCCAGCUUUGGUGCCCGGUCACCGCCGGUGGCCGGGAAGACCGCACAGCGCCGACACGGCCUCGUCGUGAGGGCGCAGAAUGACCCCAAGCCCACGACCAAGGCGAGCACAAAAUUCUGGGACGUGCUGUCGUUCAACGGCCCGGCACCAGAGCGCAUCAACGGGCGGCUGGCGAUGCUGGGCUUCGUGGCGGCGCUCUCCGUGGAGGCAUCCCGCGGCGUCGGGCUUCUAUCGCAGGCGGAGAGCGGCGCCGGGCUGGCGUGGUUCGCGGCCACGACGGCAGUGUUCUCGGUAGCGUCGCUGGUGCCGCUCCUCAAGGGAGAGAGCCCCGAGGAGAGGGCCGGCCCCAUCAUGAACGCCAACGCGGAGCUCUGGAACGGCCGGCUCGCGAUGCUCGGCAUCGUCGCGCUCGCCGCCACGGAGUACCUCACCGGCGCACCCUUCGUCGACGUCUAGAUGUAACUCGUGUAGCUCUCCGCACGUACGGAUACGAGCACAAGUGUAAUCACUAGCUAAUAAGCCGCUGCAAGCUAGCUGAGAACUAGCUUUUGCAAGCUCAUGUACAGGCUAAGUCCCUAUUUGUUUGGGCUGCACCUGAAUGAGAAGCAGUUGGAACUGGUAAGGUCUGAGAAGCAGCUGGACCUGGAUAGCUUGUGAAACGUAAAAGUAAGGUGUUUGUUUGGGUUUGUGCUUAAAA